AUUGUAUUUUCUGCAAAGUUUUUGUAAAAGCUUUACUGUGUGCUUCCUGUGCGUGGACUACUGCGUCAUUUGUGGAUUUCUACAUCAAGUUUUUGAAACUGAAAUCAGAAAUUGAGGAAAUGUCUUCGAAAGAAACUGUAAGUGUUGUAGGAAGUGAAGUAAUGCCUUUGGAGUACGGUGGGAUGGACUUAGAGAGUAGUCCAUCUAGUUUAGAAAGGACAGUGGAGGGAGUGGGAGGAGGGGAGGUAGUUGGGGUUGGGGGAGAUAGUGUACCCAUCACUGUGGUAGAAGUGGAGGGUAGGAGAGAGAGGUGCUAUGAUGUAGAUGCAGAUAUAGUGGAGGAGGUGAAACAGUAUGAGUCUGAGCUCGGGACUAGGGAUAGCUUGGGGUAUUUGGUGGAGAGUUAUGAGAUCUCCUCUGGAGUGUUAAUUAGGCCAGCUGGGGUAAAGAAGAGGGCGUGUUCUGCUCCUUGGGAUCAUUGGAUGUCUGUGUAUGCCUAUUAUUUUGCAGUCGGGCUUAGGUUUCCAAUUCUUGAGUUGCUAAAGGCUAAGAGAGCCAACCAGAAUAAGUUUAGUUUAAAUGAGGAUGAGGAGGAAGAGGUGGGUAAGUUGGUGAGGGAAGGAGGGGAUUUAGUAAAUAUCUCGUACCUCACCAGCGCGGAAUGCAUAGAAGCUGUUGAGCUCUAUGGGUCAAGCGCUUUAAGUAAAGCUGAAAUGGACAAAUUUUUGAACGCUGCUGGAGGAGUGGCCAUCCCCAAGAAGCCAAGGAAGAAGUCAAAGACUUCAACCAAGCAAGUGGAUGAGGAGGGAGUAGGAAGGGAGGUAGUGCCCAACACUUCAGCCGAGGUGGAGGAGGAGGUGCCACGGUUGGAGUUGAAGAGGAAGGGUAAGGAGGAGGGAAGGGCACUACAAAAGAAGAAGAAGGUGGUGGAGGAAGAGAAGAGGGGGAGCGAGGUUCCCCAGUUCGUACCUCAGCCUCCUCUUGUUGAGCUCGACCCUAAGCUUAGGGAAUCUGAAGAGGGGGCUGAGGCAAAGAACAUGACAGGGGCCAGGAGGUUCAUCAAUUCCACCUUCCCCGAAGUGGACAAGUGUCAUGCAUGGGACGAGGCUCUCAGGUAUUGUGGGGCUUCGGUGGUGAAGCAUGUUUUGGAGGAGAAGGAGGAGCUGGAGAAGAAGAAUAAGGAAAUGCAAGAGGUGCUAGACGAGGUGGUUCCAGUAGUGAAGCGGUUAGAGCAGGAGAGGGCUUCCCUGAGUACCAAGCUCGUCUUUGAAGAAAGUAAACGAAAAAUCUCUGAAAGCGAGCGUGAGGCUCAAGAGAAGGAAAUAAGGCUGAUGAAGGAGGCUUAUAUGGAGCUGAAGAAGAAUGUGCAGCUGCUGGUGCACAAUGGGAUAGAGGAGCACAUCAUCAACUUCGUCAACUCCAGCUUGUUUGACAGCAUUGUCAACCUCUACCGGCUGCCAACUGCCAUCCUUGCUUUCAUAGACUGUAGAAAGAAGUUGAAGGCUGAAUAUCCCGAAGUAGAUAUUACAAAGAUCACCUUCGGUGAGCAAGAAGAGGGAGUAGAGGAGAAUGGUGAAAGCAUGUCAGUAGACUUCCGUCCUCAGAUUAAACUGAGGUGGGAUCAUGAUGCAGACAGACGCACUAUUUUCCCUCCAAUUUUUGACUUUGAGUUUGUUGCAGUAAAGGAAGAAGGGGGAGAGGUAGAGGAAGAUGAAAUGGGGGCAAGAGUGGAAGGAACUGAAGUGGAGGAGAGUCACCCACCUCAUCCAGUGGAGAUUCAUCCAGUUCCUUCUGAUGAUGAGCAGCCUCCUCUGCUAGACGAGCAGCCGCCAACACAGCCACCUAUUCUAGCUGAGCAGUAGCCAAUUCAGUCGCCUCCUCCAGCAGAGGAAUAAAGAAUUUUUGUUUUUUAAUUACAGUAAAACAAUUUGUAAUACUUUCAUUAGUUUAAAUGAAAAUUUUGUUUUUGAAAUAAUAUGUUAUGUUUGCUUUAUGUUUUUGUCGUUUUAUAUUGAUAGAAGAAUUGAAAUUACUUUGGAUAUGUCUUACAGUAAAGUUAAUCAUUUCAA